AUCCUUCAAGUUGUUGUUGAAACAAUCAACAAAACUAGCACUACCCGAUGGCUGCCUCGAAUUUCACACUGCAAGGCCGUCAGAACGGGUUGCUCGUGGCCAUCUUGUUUCUGACAAGAUUGGCCUUCUCAAUGUCAUACCUACAUGCCGUUGUGGGAAUCACUGUGUCCCCAAAUAUGGCAAGGGGACGUGCAACGUUGACACAGCGAGACACCAGGAGAAGAGCCCUGAGCGUGAGCCAGUUUCGUGGCUGGGAAACGGAAGAGCAGGUUCUUCGCAGCUAUGCGAUGGCUAGGGAGCCUAAGCUCGUAUGGGGCGACUAUCCCACGCCAUCAAUCGUGGUAUCUUCGGAUCCUGAGCUCGGGAACUUCACGUCAGUGCAAGAUGCUGUGGACACGGCAUUGACACUUGGCCUGGACAGAGUCGUCAUCCUGAUUCUUCCAGGCUACUACAAGGAAAAGAUCGUCAUACCGCGGAAUAAGAGGACAAGCCUUAUGUUGCAAGGAACAGAUGCGGAGAACACUAUAAUUUCUUACAACGAUUGGGCUGGAAAGCUCAAUGAUGAUGGCAUUCCCUUGGGGACCUACAGCACCUGCUCUGUCUGUGUCUACGCAGACUUCUUCGUUGCAAACAACAUCACGUUUCAGAAUUCCGCAAAACUCCCACCGCCUUUCGAUAACGAAACUUACCCUGCGGGGAUGGCUGUUGCUCUGCGAAUAUCAGGAAACUAUGCGGCGUUCUAUAACUGCCGCUUUGUGGGCUGGCAAGACACGCUCUAUGACCAUAAGGGAACUCACUACUUUCAAAAUUGCUACUUUGAAGGAAACGUUGACUUCAUUUUUGGCAACGGAAGGUCCAUAUAUGAGGUUUGUUUCUCAAGCCGCAUUCGCAGAGCAAUGCAGCUGUACAACUAACAACGAUUUGAUGCAGGGCUGUGCGUUUUACGGGAAGCCCUCAGGUUAUGGAGGUGCAGUUGCGGCGCAACAACGCUGCAAUUCCUCAGACGAAACUGGUUUCAUGCUAAUGCGAUGCAACAUCACUGCAAAUGACAAGCUCUUUCUAGGUCGAGCGUGGGGGAAUUAUAGUCGGGUGGUCAUUUCACAUUCCUUUGUGGACGAUGUCAUUUCCAGCGGAGGCUGGUAUGAUUGGGGUGAUCCUGAACGCCAGCAAACAGCUUUCUUUGCCGAGUUUGCCAGCUGGGGUCCUGGGGUAAAUACCACGGCCUGGGUACCAUGGAGCCACCAGCUUGAUGAUGUUGAAGCUGCACCGUUCAUCAAUUACAACUUCAUCAACGCAAGUGCGUGGCUAGGCUCACCUCCAGACGGCAAUCCUCUGAAGGUGUUGCUCCCAUUCCAGUCACCAUAUUAUCUACCAAAGUUUGAGGUUCCAAAUGCACCUCAAUAUCCAUACAUGUAGACUCUAGACGUCAAUAUAUGCCUGCGCGGCAAUGUUUUGGCUCGAAUAGCGAAGGAGAGGCGUUUGUCCCUAAUUUGACAUAGAAAUGGAAUUGUGAGCAUAUGUAUGCCAUCA